CUUGCUCCUGCUGUCAUCACAGACCACGCACAGGCAUGAUGGCGGCCUUCACUGUGGCUCGUAGCAGUUGUAGGCUGUUUAGCGGAUUGAGGGUCUCCUUGAGGAGUGUAGCGCAGAUAAAGUAUGGCGCAGCAGCAGCGGCGUCCUCACCACAGAUCCCUCUCCAGCCGGACUGUCGCUGGUACUCGGUCAGCCACCUGUCCGUGAAGGAGAGGAUCGAGCAGAAACGGAAGGCGGCGCUAAUCGGGGGAGGUCAGAAGAGAAUAGAUGCACAACACAAAAGGGGUAAGCUGACCGCCAGGGAACGAGUGGAACUCUUACUGGACCCCGAGUCCUUCACGGAGACGGACAUGUUUGUGGAACACCGCUGCUCCGACUUUGGCAUGGAGCAGGACGGCAACAAGUUUCCCGGCGACAGCGUUGUGACCGGACGAGGCAGGAUCAACGGCCGGCUGGUUUAUGUGUUCAGUCAGGACUUCACGGUGUUCGGUGGCAGCUUGUCCGGAGCUCACGCGCAGAAAAUUUGUAAGAUCAUGGAUCAGGCCAUGACGGUCGGCGCUCCCGUAAUCGGGCUGAACGACUCUGGCGGCGCUCGCAUCCAGGAGGGAGUGGAGUCCCUGGCUGGAUACGCAGAUAUAUUCCUGAGGAAUGUGUUGGCUUCAGGAGUCAUCCCUCAGAUCUCCCUCAUCAUGGGCCCCUGUGCCGGAGGGGCUGUGUACUCCCCUGCCCUGACGGAUUUCACCUUCAUGGUUAAGGAUACGUCAUACCUAUUCAUCACAGGUCCGGACGUCGUCAAGUCUGUGACCAACGAAGACGUGACGCAGGAGGAGCUGGGCGGAGCCAAAACUCACACCACCGUUUCUGGUGUGGCUCAUCGUGCGUUUGAGAACGAUGUUGAGGCUUUGUUGAACCUACGGGAGUUCUUCAACUUUCUUCCACUUAGUAAUCAGGAUCCAGCUCCCAUCAGGGAGUGCCAUGAUCCCAGCGAUCGUCUGGUGAAGUCGUUGGACACCAUCGUCCCGUUUGAGUCGACGAAAGCCUACGACAUGCUAGACAUCAUCCAUGCGAUCGUAGAUGAGAGGGACUUCUUUGAGAUCAUGCCCAACUACGCCAAAAACAUUGUGGUGGGUUUUGCCAGAAUGAGUGGCCGCACCGUGGGGAUUGUGGGUAACCAGCCCAAAGUAGCUUCUGGUUGUUUGGACAUCAACUCCUCGGUAAAAGGAGCCCGCUUCGUUCGCUUCUGUGACGCCUUCAACAUUCCCAUCAUCACUUUUGUGGAUGUUCCGGGUUUUCUGCCAGGUACCGCUCAGGAGUAUGGCGGCAUCAUCCGACACGGAGCCAAACUGCUGUACGCCUACGCAGAGGCCACUGUGCCAAAAAUAACUGUUAUCACCAGAAAGGCUUACGGAGGUGCCUACGAUGUAAUGAGCUCCAAACACUUGAGAGGAGAUGUGAAUUAUGCUUGGCCAACGGCCGAAGUUGCCGUCAUGGGUGCCAAGGGCGCAGUUCAGAUCAUCUUCAGAGGAAAGGAAAACCAGGCCGAAGCUGAGGCUGAAUACGUGGACAAGUUUGCCAACCCCUUCCCAGCUGCCGUCAGAGGUUUCGUUGACGACAUCAUCGAGCCCGCGACCACCCGUAAGAAGAUCUGCAGCGACCUGGAAGUGCUGGCCAGCAAGAAGCAGGUCAAUCCGUGGAAGAAGCACGCCAACAUUCCUCUGUGAAACACUUCCAACCCAGCUGCACGGCAAUGCGAUGGAAAAAGCACACUGCGCUCUGAUGAACUGCAGAGGUUCCUCAGGAAGCCUGCAAAGCAGAUGGUAGUCAUAUUCGCUUUACCACUCCACUGGAAGAAUCAAGAUCCCAAAUUCUGUUCCUUUUCACCUCAUUCAUAUUUAAAAAUAUAAAAAUAAAAAAUCAAGUGUUAUUCACUUUGGUGCCACCUAUGUGACUAAUAUCAGGAAGUUUGUGAUACACAAGUUUUGGAUAAAAGGAAAAUAAUCAAAACACUCAAGCAGUAGCCAUAUUGGCUGUUAUCAAGUAUGUUUUCGAACUAAACUAUCCGGACAAAGUCGGUUUUUGCAAUAAUUAUAAAAAUAUUGGGUUUCAGUGUACUGUAUUUAGUUUUUUCUUUAAAAUGUAUGUUUGUCUUUCAUUCAGGACACCAAAGUCCAAACUGUGCCUUCUCUCUCUGGCGCCCUCUGUAAAAUAAAUCACCUCAAUGUA